AUGCCUUCACAGUCAUUGGAGAAAGAUAACCGCAAAGGCAGUGAGGCGAGCUUGCCUUUGUCAACAUCAACCGCCUCCGGUGCUCCAUCUAUGCGCGAGUUUCGUCGCUCUUCGUCAGAUGACGACGAGCCUUACUGGCCUCGCACAUGGCGAGCAUACGCCUGCUUGCUUGGAUGCUUCUUCCUCAUGUUCAACUCCUGGGGACUGGUGAACGCAUAUGGAACCUGGUCAUCAUAUUACGUUGGCCACUCAUUACGAACAGUUGACCAGCUGGAGCUGAACUUGAUCGGCGGCUCGCAAUGUUUCCUCGUUCUGCUCCUCUCCAACCCAGUUGGCCGACUUCUGGAUGCCGGUCACUUCCGCAAGGUGAUCGGUUUCGGUACUGUCUUCGUGCCUCUCGGUCUCUUUAUCCUGUCGGCCGUGCACCCCAGCAGCGUCGAAGCUAUUGCAAGCUUUGGCCCGAUUUGGGCGACUCAAGGUCUCGUUGUUGGCCUGGGCAUGGCUCCAUUCUUCGUUUCCAGCUCACAAGUCGCUGCCACAUGGUUUCCCAAGCGUAGAGGACUCGCUGUAGGGUACGUUGCAUGCGGUGCCAGCAUUGCAGGUGUUGUCUACCCUACUAUGCUGCGCUACCUCAUUGAGGCGGUGGGCUUCAACAAUGCAGUUCGCUAUGUUGCUACCCUGACCUCAUUAACAUGCAUCUACUCUUUCAUCUUUGCCACACCAAACCCAGUCCACGAGUUCCACAAGCCUGAGAACUGGUUCAAGAUCCGCACCUGGUUCGACACAGAUGCAUUCCGCAACAAGGCCUGGUGCUGGUUUACUGCCGCCGUGGCCUUCAUGUUCUUCGGGUUCUAUCCGGUUUUCUUUAAUCUUGAGGAGGUAAGUACUGUUGUUCUUGCAGGUUUCGGAACUCGCAACAGCUCUGGAAUUGGACAGGCAAUGCCGCAGGCUGUUAGCGACGAGCCACUGCAGACUUUUUGGCUCCUGACCAUCAUGAACGGAGCUUCCACAGCUGGUCGCCUAACUCUCGCUCAAUUCUCUGACAAGACUGGACCACUCAACAUGCACAUCGGUUCUCAGCUUGUGUGCUCGCUCCUCACUCUCGUACUCUGGACACUGGCCGGAUCUGAGACAGAUGCCAUCGCCUUCUGUGUCGUCUUUGGUGUUUUCUCCGGCAUGGUCAUUGGACUUCCGCCUGCAUCUGUCGCCAACAUCCUGAGCUGCACCUACACCACCCCCGAGACAGAGGCUUUGGCUAAGAAGAAGCUUGGUCACUGGGUCGGCAUGAUGUACAGCUUUGCCGCCGUUCCAGCUUUACUCGGCCCUGUCAUUGCGGGACAUCUCAUCACCGAGUACAACACCUAUAUCACUAUACAGAUGUGGUCAGGCGCCAACCUCUUCCUGUCCUUCAUCUGCAUGAUGGUUGCUCGUUGGUACCUUCCAUGCUUCGAUGGCGAGAGCUUUGCGCACCACUUCUCUCGCAAGCACGCUUCUACCAAGGAGAAGCUUCGACUGGGCAGCGAUGCUACUGCGGCUGGCAUAGUGUCCCCCACUGCCCUGUCGCAGGCACCUACCCGUGUCCCCAGCACCAUGCCUUCUCGUGAGAAGAUCGAGCAGCCAGCUCAGUCGCCUGAACGCAUGGUCUAGAAAGCAUUUUUUUCUUUCCAGCAUUUUUGACAACACGAUUUUACGGUCCUAGAAGGUGUUUCUGUUCACAGCGAUUUCUCUCAAAAGUAUUUAAUUCACGGUUACGUCGAAGCCCAGACGGGGAGCAGAUGAUGCGGUUCGAUUCUUUACAAUACCACUUUGUUUGAACGUAGGCGCACGGAGCUCCCCACAGGCUGAGGUUGAGCA